GCUUAAAUAAAACUCCACCCAUCAUCAUUUUCUUUCUCUUCUUCUUCUGCUUCUUCUCCAUUUUCAUCUCAUUCCAAUUCUGUACCCAAUUUCUUCCUUUCUCCCACGGCUGGAAAUGGCGGAGCAUUUGGCAUCCAUAUUCGGAACCGAGAAGGACAGAGUUAACUGUCCCUUCUACUUCAAGAUCGGGGCCUGCCGCCACGGUGAUAGGUGUUCACGGUUGCACACCAAGCCUAGUAUCAGCCCCACCCUCCUGCUUUCUAAUAUGUAUCAGAGACCUGACAUGAUUACUCCUGGUGUCGACGCGCAAGGGAAUCCAAUUGACCCUCGCAACAUCCAGGACCAUUUUGAGGAGUUCUAUGAAGAUCUAUUUCAGGAACUGAACAAGUACGGGGAGAUUGAAAGUUUGAAUGUAUGUGACAAUCUAGCUGACCAUAUGGUGGGCAAUGUUUAUGUUCAAUUUCGAGAGGAGGAGCAAGCAGCAAAUGCUCUUCGGAAUCUUAGUGGCAGAUUCUAUGCUGGACGCCCGAUCAUUGUCGACUUCUCUCCAGUUACAGACUUUAGAGAAGCUACAUGUAGGCAAUAUGAAGAAAACAUGUGUAAUCGUGGUGGGUAUUGCAAUUUCAUGCAUUUGAAGAGGAUUGGCAGAGAGCUGAGGCAUGAACUGUUUGCAAUGUAUCGUCGAAGGCAUAGUCAUAGUAGGAGCAGAAGCCGCAGCCCCUAUAGGCAUCGAAGUUAUGAAGAACGCUCUUAUGGCAAGCAUGGUCAUAGUCGAAGGUAUGAUGAGAGAGAUGCGUAUCAUGAAAGUCGGAGUAGGAGGCAUAGGACUACAAGCCCUGGCCAUAGAAGCAGGAGCCGUAGUCCACGUGGAAGGAAGAACCGAAGUCCAGUUAGGGAAGGGAGUGAAGAGAGGCGUGCUAAAAUUGAGCAGUGGAACAAGGAGAGAGAACAAGGAAAUGAUAAUAAUGCCAAUUCUGAUGACAACAGAAAUAACCAUGAGAAAAGCUACGACAGUGAGGUGAAGUAUGCAAAUCAAACCUGUGGCUAUGAGGAGCAGCAACAGCGGCAGCCUCCUGAGCAAGGCUAUGGUUACUGAUCUGUUUACUUGAACUUAGUCAGGGAUUAAGACUGCUGCCCAUGAGGACUUGUGAACGAUUCCAUUUAUCGUAUUACGGUUUCUUUCCCUUAUGAACUUUUUUGCAUUACCUUUUUGUUGAUAUUAAGAAAAAAUGUGAUCUCAUCAUUAUCUAAGUUUUUGCAGGUUCAGGUUGUUUCCCUGCUUCUAGACUCUAAAUUUUCCAAGCUAAGAUGUGAUCAUGAAAUUUUUGUACAGGUUAAUAUGGUCCACUGUGUAGGAUGAUUGGCUUUACAGGAUGUGCAGGUUUUGGCCCUAACAAAGAUGAGGCAUUCGUGUGGAUGGCUGAAGACUGAAGGCAACAUUGAGUCACUUUGGCGUCUUUAACAUUGAUGUGGUGGGCUGCAAUUGCAGGUUAGGGAUCAUGCUAGAAACAUUUUGUAUUUGUUUCAUAUAUUGUUGUUAAAAGGAAGAGAACUUGGGGGUGGGGGUGUUUGUGAUGGAGUAAAUAGCCUUAAGAUAUAUCUGAUUGUGACUUUCUUUAAAAACUGGACUCACUAGUGAUUUCUUAUUGAGUGGUAUAGAAAGCUCUUUCUCUAUAUUAUAUGAUUA